UUGAUGAAAAAAACUAACGGCAGUCUAUUGGAUACCCCAUCCACCAAUAAGCGACAAAACUCUCAUAUUGAGGCCAUCCAUGAAGGGGCUCGCCGCGAAUCGAUGAUUUUGUUGGAAAAGGCGACGAGUCCCACUGAGGCGACAAGGCACCACAGCGCUAUUGCCAGAUUGAAGACUAUCUUCCCGUGCAGUAACGCUGAGCAUGGCACCGGAAGCAAACCUGAUGGAAUGGAGAACCUUCAAAGUCCAGAGGGAGUAAACCAUACCUUCCUCAAGUCGGAGUUGCGACACUCAAGGAUGCACACUCACCCCUUGGGAGUAUUUCUCGCCCUUAUCAGCGGCGAUGCACCGAAGGCUCAGUACGAGAUCGAGCAUGAAGUUGAUGUUAUGAUGACCACUGAAGGCCCUGACCAAGUAGAGGCCGAGAUGGACGGCUUCGGUGAAUAUGUUACUAAGAAGUGGCUAAUUGUGCAUUACACUUUCCUCGGCGAAUAUCAGAAUGGUUAUUCUGAUUGGGGUUAUGCGCAGGUUGGCUAUGGCCCAUCUAGUGAGUGGCUCCGUCACGCUGGCUUCCAGGACUUCCAAGCCACUCCAGAGCAGUCCACUGAACUGGAGCGUCAUUACAAGAAGACUCAGAAGAAGGCCGAUAAAAUCCGCGACUCGGCAUCGGAUGCGUGA